AUGGAGCGCGGCACUUGCGAUCCUGAGCGUCGCCAGAAUAUGCGCACCGAGGUCGGCUCACAAAGCCCCAGGACCAACAUUAAGCCCCAGAGAAGGUCAUAUGUAAGGAGUAGACGCUCUCAUGAUCUCUUCAGCGACAGGGCCAUUUACAUUUCCAAUUUCCCUCAGCCCGUCACCCUUGCCAUCUCUACAAACUGGCACACGACAGAUAGGGAAAUUGACCAAAACACAGACGACGACAAGUCCACUACCGAUUCGAUGACCACUGUAAAUGCGGUCGACGACCCUCGAUACCUUGCCGAGGCCAACGACAAGGAUAUCAGCGAUGACGAGAUCAAAGAUAACAGGGCAAACGACAACGACGACACCAGUACCGAUCUCAGUACUAGCGACAACGUCUUGGCACCUGAAGACGCGAGCGACGAAUACGAUAUUGCCGAUAUCCCACCACUCGACGAUGCCUUUGAUAGGGAUGUGGGUGAUCGGAACCCAACCAACGAUGGAGAGAAAGCAGACGGAGAGCCCGUUAUCUAUAACACAAGCACGGACGAUGAAGCCCUCAACUUCGACCCGAAUGACUGUACCGACGCUUCCAGUACCCUCAAUCCCACCAUGGUCACUCUCGACAGCCGGGAAAGCAUUAUCACCGAGAUUACUGCACUCCGCGAUCGGCUUACUCAACUUGAAGCCAAGAUCAACUCAGGCUCUCAUAUUUUACAAGGCACGAAUCCAUUAGGGAAACGAAAGCAGAUCGCCUCAAUCAUCAAGGAGCACCCCAUCGGAAAAGGCCUCGAGGCCUUUAAUGCUUCAUUCAAGUCCAUCUGUACGAACCGCGACAUUCCCUCCCACCCAGCAGCGCUGGGGAAGCUUGACGACGAUGAACUCCAGAAUAUUGCCCUUGUCCUUCUCUCGACGUUACAGAUUUUGCCGGCGGCACGUCAACUUCAAUCUAAGACGAGCGGAAAGCACAUCUUCAACGACCUGUUGACCCUCAACGCAGCUGUUGUCUCCGAUGACUGCAACUUCGACAGGAUCAGGCCCCUCUUAAGCUCAGCGCUUACCGAAGAUCCAGACGACGCCCUCCUCUGGGGUCACAUGCAACGCAGUUGCCGAGUCCACUCCGCCACCCCGAUCGAUAGCAUCCUCUCUCCAACAAACCCCAUAGCUCCGCAACACGAGCGGCUUCGCGAACUCAUCUAA